AUGGAUCCGGCGGAGGGUGACCCCGGAGUCCGGGGUGUGAAAAGAAAACACCCCGGCGAUGGAGGGAAGUUGACCUUCUCCCAACGCUUAGCGGCUGCACGCAAAGCCGUGAAACUACCCGACGAGCGCGAUGAUGAAUCUGAAGUCUCUUUCACUGAAGUGAGCAAAACUCGCAAAGACACUCAGCAGACUUUGGAACACGAACGCCAAGAUGCCCGCUUUUGCCGUCUAUACACGGGUGAGAUUGACUUCCAAGCCUUGGGCGAGAAGGACCGGGACUUCUGUGCUUGUCUCAAAGAUGGCCAACAUCUCGACUUCACCGAUCCAUCCUCAGUGAUGCAGUUGACUAGAACGCUUUUGAGGCUUGAUUUUGGACUGGAGAUCGACUUACCCGAUGAUCGCCUUUGCCCUCCUGUUCCUAACAGACACAAUUAUAUUCUGUGGAUCAAGAGUCUUUUGGACACCACUUCGCAAUCCUUUUCCGAUGCCUACCAGCCGGGUCGCAAAGUCACUGGCCUAGACAUUGGAACCGGUGCGAGUGCAAUUUACCCGCUCCUGGGCUGCACACAACGUCCUUCGUGGUCCUUCAUUGGCACCGAUAUCGAUGAGAAGUCCCUGGAAUUUGCGCAAAGGAACGUCGAGCUCAACAACCUGGGCUCCAGGAUCCGGAUUGUUAAGCGUUCUGCCAAAGACAAACUCAUAUCUCUCGAUGAGUUGGAUUUGGACCAGAUUGAUUUCGUCAUGACAAAUCCGCCAUUCUACACUUCCGAAUCCGAGCUUGUAGAGCUGGCCAAGCAGAAGUCCAAACCUCCUAAUAGUGCAUGCACCGGCGCGUCAAGUGAGAUGGUGUGCGAUGGCGGCGAGGUUGGCUUUUUCAAACGCAUGUUUGACGAGUCUCUCAUCCUUCGGGAACGCGUUCAAUGGUACACUACUAUGCUAGGAAAACAGUCGAGUCUUGACGAGAUCGUCCAACUUCUAAAGGACCACGACAUCGGUAAUUAUGCCUUGACAGAAUUUGUCCAGGGCAAGAAAACUCGGAGGUGGGCUGUAGGCUGGAGUUUCGUAAAUAGGAGGCCAGGUAGUCAAUCAUGCCGACGCUUUGAGCCAUCCGCUGGCAAGAAGCUCCUGCCGCCCUGGACAGAGUUCACGGCUGCCGCGAGGUGUGCAAAGAGCGGGGGCGCAGAACAGCUUGAGAACAUCUUCUGGACCCAGUUGGAAGAUGUGACUGACGGUCUGGAUCUGGUCUCCUGGAACAUGGACGAAGACAGAUUGAGAGUCGUAGGCUUUGCCAAUCAGAACGUCUGGAGCAGAUCCUAUCGAAGGAGCAAAGAUAAGGGAAUCCUAGCUCGGCCGCGGCCAGCGAAAGGGAAGGCGGAUAAAACAGUACUCGACUGCCCUUUCGGGUUCUCUAUUUCAAUCAACGCGAAGCAGGAUCAGUCGGGUGAGGAAGACGAGGUCAGAGUUGUUGUCCGAUGGCUUCAAGGAACAGACUACGGUUUGUUUGAGAGCUUCUUUGGGAUGCUACGCAAUGCCCUCCUCAAUGUUGUCUCUUAA